AUGAAGCCUGCCUUCCAGGCCUCCGGCGUGCGCGGUGCACGUCCCGCCCGCGCCGCCUCCCGCAGCGCGGCCUCGCGGGCCGUGUGCGGCACCGCGUGUGCGUGCCGCUCUGCCGCACCCCCCGCGCGCUCAUUCGUGACGUUCCGCCGGCUUCCCGCGCGGUCAGUCGCCAGACACGCGCUCGCCGAUGACCAGGAGGGUGCAGCGCUCGACAGCGAAGCGCGCAAGGCGGCGGUCUCGGCGCUGACGGGGAUCCAGAGGGACGCGCAGCCGCUCGAGGUGAUCGACGUGGACGGCUGGGAGGAGUGGCUGCCGCACUUCCAGCGCCUGGACGACCUGGAGACGCGCGCGGAGCGUGUCAUCACCACACUCGACGACGCCGUGGCGCAGGAGGACUUCGCGACGGCCUCGCACGUCCAGAAGGAGGUAGAGGAGCUCGAGAAGGAGGACACCGUGCUGCAGGUCGAGCGCGACCUCCUGCACGCCCUCGAGACGGAGGACUACGCCCGUGCAGUCCAGCUACGCGACGAGGGGGGCGCGGGGCUCGUCGGGUGGUGGGCCGGCCGCUGCGACACCAAGGAGGACCCCUGGGGCCACCUCCUGCGCAUCGUCCGGCGCUACGGCCGCUACGUCGCCGUCGCGUACACGCCGCGGGAGCUCGCCGAGUCGAUGGGGUGGACCUCCGAGUCCACGGGGUCGACGGGGGGGCCCGAGCAGCUGACGAUGUCGCAGGACCCGCCCAGCCUCGACGACAUCGGCUCCUCCGUGAUGGAGAUCUACGUCCGCCCGAACGCGAGCGGGGGGUUCGACAAGAAAGCGGCAUACCUGUUUUCGCCCUUCAUGGCGCAGGGCGAGGAGGACGACGGCGGCGCGGGCGGCGACGACGGCCCGGACGGCUCCGCGCGCGUGACGCUGAAGAGUUUGGAGAACGUCGACGCCGCGGACCUGAUCGAGACGGGGAAGGAGGCUGUUGAGCGUAAGCGCGACGAGGACCGCAGGCGCGGCGGGCGGCCGCCGGAGCCGCGGCGGCGCGACGUGGACCGGGCGGGCGGGGCGGGGGAGCCGAUGGGGCGGGACAUUACGGCGCAGACGAGCGUGGAGGACUACCGGCGCGCGGAGCCGGGGCUGCCGAAACGGCGGCCGCUGAACCCGAACGCGGACACGACGGUGCGGAAGCCGCUGGAGGGGCCGCGCGGGGCGCCGCCGGGCGUCGGGCACGCGGACGCGGCGGAGGCGGGCCCGGCGCGGCGCGUGCACGAGGCGCGCAUGGCGCGGGGGGGGUCGGGGGGGAGUCCCGCGCAGCACGGGUCCGGCGAGGACAGCGGGGACGGCGAGGACGACGAGGCACGGUUCGCGCCGCGCGACGAGUACGGCUUGCGCGCCGGGGCGCGCGACGAGGACACCGGAGCGGAUGAGGACGCGGACGACGGGGGCGGCACGCCCGAGGGGGGACGGUUCCUCGAGAUGUCGGAAGACCAGGACAGCUUCCUGUACAUGCAGGGCUUCGACGCGAGCUACACGAGCGGGGCCACGCAGGCCGCGGACAUGGAGUUCGAGGCUGCGCGCCUGCCCCUGCAAAUCGAGGUGCUGAGCAGGGACGAGCUGCGCGCGACGGUGCUGCCGGGGCACUCGUCGGGGUCGAACUACGCCGUGAACCCCGAGGCGCUCGUGGCGACGCGGUCGGCGGGCGCGGAGGAGGCGCAAGGUGACGCGGCGGCGGGCGCGGCGGAUGUGGGGCCGCUGCGCGGCAUGACGGACAGCGCGGUGAAGGAGCAGCUCGAGCGGUCGCUCAAGAGCGAGGUCAAGCCCGAGCCGACGCCCGCGGGCCCGGACGGCGGGCAGGAGGCGUCGGCGCAGGGCGGCGCGUGGCCGUUCGCGGAGGGCGACGGAAAGGACAUGGAGGUCAGCGUGGGCAUCGAGAUCUCGCGCGAGCAGCUCACGCAGCUCGGCGUGCCCGAGGACCGCAUCGAGGGCUUCGGCCGGGGCCUGCAGCACGAGAUUGCGGCGCGCGUGCAGAGUUUGAUGGACGAGGGCGCGGAGCUGACGAAGGACCGCGUGGACUCGGUCGUCGCGGCCGCGCUCGAGGUCGUCGCGCAGCGCGAGGGCCUCGGGCGCGUCGGGAAGCUCCUGGGCGAGGCGUCGAGCGGGCGAGUUGCCACUCACCUCGAAACGUCCGAGGAGCCCAUGGACGACCCUGCAGGGCACGACGGCCGCAGCGUGGUGGCCGCGGAGGCCGCUGCGGAGCCCGCGCCUGCUGAGGCGGAGGAGGCGGCCCGGACGCCCGCAGCGAGCCAGAUCCCGCUGCCUAUUUUGUACCAGCGGCUUCCCACUCUUGCUUUCCCGUCUCCGGACCCGUUCAACGGGUACUAUCUCGGCAACUUCGGCCCGCACGGCCCGGAGCUGCUGCGCGUGUCGCGCCAGCGCUCGGCGGACGGCACGGAGAAGGUCGUGGGGCGGAAAAUCACGGGGGACGACAACGUGCCCGCGGGGGAGGUGUCGUUCGAGGCCGAGGUGGGGCGUGCGCGCCGCCUGGACCCGCGCGGGGCGUACCCGGACGACUUGGGCAUCACGGGGCGGUACAAGGGCCGCGGGAUGGUUGCGGACCCCGGAUUUUCCAACCCUCGGUGGACGGAGGGCGAGCUGGUGUGCUUCUCCCGGGCGGCGCAGGCGCAGCUGACGGGUGGCGCGGAGCUGGGCUUCGUGUGGAGCAUCGGGGGCGGCCGCGCGGGGGGGCGGAGGUUCCUGAUCCUGCUGAAGGAGGCUGCCUUGCGGGAGGAGGAGCCUCUGGUGGAGGUGUGA